UACCUCCUCUUUGGCGUCCAUUUCUCUCUUCCAUCCCCCAUUAACCACUCUCUUACUUGUCUUCCAAAUUCACCAAACGCACACCCAGAAACAGAAAAAAAAAAUAAAAAAUUAGAGAGAUUUUAUGAUCAGAUUUCUGGGGUUUUACUUCGGUUGACCCUCUAGAGUUCUGAUCUAUUAUAACAUAUCUGUUUCUUCCUUUUUAACAUCCAAAACCAAAACAAAAUAAAAUAAUAAUACAUAAGGUACAAAAAUGGUUCGGUGCAGCAAUUGCUUUCUGACACUGCUUAAUUUUAUCACAUUGGUGGCUUCUUUAAUACUCAUACUGAUGGCUAUGUCGUUCAUUAAUAACUCAAAUGCUACCACCUGCCAGAAAGAGCUUCAAAAGCCUCUGAUGAUAUCAGGGGUGAUCCUUUUGGUAAUUUCUUUGAUGGGAAUUGUAGGGGCGGCAUGCCAUGUCUCAUUUUUGUUGUGGAUAUAUUUGUUCUUGCUGUUCUUGGUCAUUACAGGGAUGAUAAUUUACUCCGUCUUCAACAUUGUUGUCAUGUUGACACAUCUAAAUAAUCAUACACCAGAAAAAGGCGGAUGGGAAGACCAGUUUCAAGAAUACUCACAAUGGUUGAAAAAUCGUGUGCCUGAUGAACGACAAUGGGAUAAGAUUAAGAGUUGUAUGAUUGAUGCCAAAUUUUGUAAAUAUAUUCCCAACGACAGAACUGAGGAUUUUUACAAAAAUAAGCUCACCAAGAUGCAGGUAACAUCUGAGCAGCGCCUGGAUGAAGAUCUAAUGGAAGUUCCAUUUGCGAAAAUUUUAAACAUGAUUUCCAUGUCUUAUAAGGUUAUAGUUGCUUCACCCAUUCUCAGUCUGGUUGUUGCAAACCGCCGACAUACUGCAACUUUCAGUUCCAAAAUGCAUCGACUUGGAUCGUGCCAAAAACAGGACCAAUAGAGGGAGACGUCGACUGCAAGGCUUGGAGCAACGAACAGAAUGGGAUGUGCUACAACUGCAAUUCGUGCAAGAAAUCUGUCUUUGAUGACAUCAAGAAAUAUUCCAGGCAUACCUCUCUCAUAAGCCUUUGUAUCUUCAUUUUUCUCUCCAUUGUUUACUCUAUUGGCUGCUGUGCUCUCACUAAUAAUAGUUACAGAGAAAGGGCGUACGUCUACCAUGGAUACAGACCCUAUGGUCCUGGCCCUUAUGGUCACCCAUGAUCCAUAUAUAUUUUCCCAAAUUUUGGAUUCAUUUCGCUUAUUGAAAAGCUUCCAUAUAGAUUAGUACUAUGACAAUAUUCAUCUUGUCUCCUAUGGACUCGCAACUUCUUGUAAUAAUAUACGUAUUACUUUUACUAGACUAAACUAGACUUGUUGAGUCUUUAUCAUCUGUUGGGCAGUUUGGAUUUUCUUGCUAUGUCACAAAUUUGAUAUCCUUGAAUAGUUUGUAACAUUAUUACGUACUGAACCUAAAACAAUAAGGAUACUUCAAGAUUCUC